AUUGUGGUGGAUGAUCAGGGACGACUUAAAGAUGGAAAAGUUGCUGCAAUAAAAGUUCUUGCAGCAGAAUCAAGACAAGGAGUGAAGGAGUUCUUGACAGAGAUUAAUGUAAUCUCAGAGAUAGAGCAUGAAAAUUUGGUCAAGUUAUAUGGUUGCAGUGUUGACAAAAAUAGCAGAAUAUUAGUCUACAAUUACCUUGAGAAUAAUAGCCUGUCACAAACUCUUCUAGGUGGAAAUCACAAUAAAAUGUACUUUGAUUGGCGAACAAGAUGUAAAAUAAGUAUUGGUAUUGCUCGUGGACUGGCCUAUCUUCAUGAAGAAGUAAGGCCUCAUAUUGUUCACAGGGAUAUAAAAGCAAGCAACAUCCUCCUUGAUAAAGAUCUUACACCCAAAAUUUCAGAUUUUGGUCUUGCAAAGCUUAUUCCAGCAAACAUGACUCAUGUUAGCACCCGAGUAGCAGGAACAAUAGGUUAUUUGGCACCCGAGUAUGCAAUAGGGGGGAAGCUAACAAGGAAAGCAGAUGUUUACAGCUUUGGUGUCCUCCUUGUGGAGAUAGUCAGUGGAAGAUGUAACACGAACACACGAUUACCAAUAGAAGAACAAUUUCUUCUAGAGAGGACUUGGGAACUUUAUGAGAGAAAGGAAUUGGUGGGACUGGUAGAUACAUCACUUGACGGGGAAUUCGAUGCCGAGCAGGCUUGUAAGUUUAUGAAGAUUGGUCUUCUUUGCACUCAGGAAUCGCCAAAGCUUCGGCCAUCAAUGUCUUCUGUGGUGAAGAUGCUCACUGGAAAAAUAGAUGUUGAUGACAGUAAGAUAACAAAACCUGCCUUAAUUUCUGAUUUCAUGGACCUCAAAGUAAGAAGGAACGAAGAAAGUAGUAGUUAUGUGAAGAAUUCAUCUACCUACGAUACAUACUCUUCUUCAGACAACCAUGACACUACCAUGUCUUCUGUCACAACUACAACUUUUGCUGCAGUAUAUGAUGAAAGCAUGAGCAUGUGAACAUCAACACAUGUUGAUUUCUCCUUUAGUAA